GCGCGCGUCACAUCGACACGCGUGCUCGUGUGCCUAUCGUUACAAAAUUGAAUUACAUUUACAUAUCGACGAGAGAGAGAAAAUUGGCAAAACGGCCGCGGACGUAUCAUAUAACCUUUACAUCGUGCGGAAUAUACAAUCGGACCUCUCUCUCUUUCUCCCUCCUUCUCAUGGCGUAUGUCAAUGUAGCCGAGUGGAAGACGGAUCAAGUGUGCGAGUGGCUGAAAGGUUUAGAUAAUUCCAUACUUCCCUAUGUCCAUAGUUUUAUGAAUCAUAGUGUUAAUGGACAACAAUUAUUAAGUUUACAACCAGAGGAUUUGGAACAUUUGGGUGUACUAAAACUUGGGCAUCAAGAAAUUAUACUCGAGGCUGUAGAGUAUCUGAGAAAUUUUCAUUAUGAAUUGGACAGAGAAAAUCUACAGUUACUGGCACUACGACUUUCAUGUCAGGCGCACAGCUUACACAAUGAAUUAUCUCGUCAAACCGAUUCAAAGCCUGUUACAACUCAAACAUUAUCAGACGUAGCAUCGGUUGUGAUGGCAGUCAAACCACUAGUGAGAUGGCUGGAUCGUCCUCCGUUCUGUGGACAAUUGGAAUAUAAUGACAAGAAGGCCGAAUUAAUGAAACUAUCUUUAGAAAUGGCUACGUGUGCACAAAGAGACAGAUUUGCUGAGAAACCAAUCGAAGAAAUUAGAACAACUUGUGAUCAAUUGGCAAAAUUAGCAGAUUAUAUUAUUCAAGAUAACGAUGAUCCUAUGAUUUUACAGCCUGCCAGUUUAGAUCUAGCAACAUUAAAAAAGAAAUCUGGUGAUGAUUUGGGUUUUUAUAUUUUGCCAUCUUUCCAUGGAGCACAUCAGAUAGCUGAAAUAAAAUUUGGAUCUGCCGCACACCAAUGUGGCAAAAUGGAAGAGGGUGAUGAGAUAGUUCAGGUAAAUUAUCAAACGGUAGUUGGUUGGGAGAGAAAAAACUUGCUUGAAUUAUUUCGUGAGAGCCCAGCAGAAAUCCUCUUGACUCUAAAACGUAGGCCAAGGCAUACUAAAGUUUACGGGCAAAUUUAUAUAAAACCAUAUAGACUUCCAAGUAACAAAAAAACCUUUUAUACAACACGAUGGCAACAUAAUCUUCCAUCCCCUAGACCAGAAUUAUUAACAAUACCUGACUUUACAAUGCCAUUACCUAGACAUAUGCCAAAGAAUCCCAGUCCAGAACCGGCAAGUAUUUUAGAUACAGUCAAUAUGCUGGAUACAAUGGCCACAGAUAGUAGCGACUCAGACAGCGAGGUAGAACCACCUCUUUCUAUUCGCUUGUAUUCCGCGAAACCGAGAAAUUUAGUCCAGAGGCGAGCUACGAUAACAGGUGCCAGUCCUACGUCGAAACACGGUAUCGAUAUCGAGCAAUUUUGGAAGGAGCUGAAGCAAGAGCACAGUACGACCUUUCAGUUGCGCGACAAAGCGGCAUCCUGCGCCCAUGGUCUGGAUAAUGUCUUACCAGCGGUAAAUAUACGGCCGCAAACGUGUUUAGGAUUAGAAACGAUGAAGAAGAGGAAAAAGACUGACGAACAAAUGGACGAUAAAAAGGUGCAGUUUGAAGAAAAGUUGACUGAUGUUGCAAGUACUCAUCCGGACGAAAUGAAGAGAACGAGUCGCAAUAUGAGGGAGAGAGUUGCUCCUACUACGCAAAGCUUCGAUGACACAAAUAAAAAUAGCAAUAAGGAGCAAAUAUUUACGAAUAACGUCAACGAUAGCAAUAAUGUAAGUGAUAUAACUGUGCCUUUGGAUGAAUGUAAUAAUUUUAUCAGCGAUACAUGUAGUAUUAAUAAGAACACGCCAAGAAACGUGGAUACCGGCGUAAGAUCCGGUGCGAAAGAACGCGGUAAAUUGGAUAAAAGUUACAGUACGCCUGCUUACGAUCUAUCGGACACCGAGGAGAAGGAGGAUAGAAAAUUAGUGCCCUUUCAGAAUCCAUUUUGUAAAUUAGAUUUACCUGCUCAUUGUUCCAACAAUGUACCAAGUGGUGCUUCAACAAAGACUGAUGUUUGUACAAUGUAUACUGAUGAGAGCGCUGUUGAUCAUGUAAUAUCGAAGAAUACGAACGAAGAGAAUAAGGAAGAAACAUCCUUGUCCAGGAUAUGCAGCAGUGGUAAUGUCGCGCGAAAGAUCAGCGACAUUGAGAAACAGAUCGCGCAUGUAAACGCAGAGGAACAAGCAAGUGUCUUCGGAGUGCCUAAGGAAUUAGAUUCGCGUAAGAAUAUUAUACGCAUUACGGUAAACGACGCAAAUCCUAAUAAUUAUAUAGAAGAGAAAAACCAAAGCAAUAUUGAAUGUAAUAUAUCACAAGUAAAUAUAAAUACGUGUGACGAGAAGCAUCCCGAGUUAAGUGUUGAGUGCAAAAAAGAUGUAAGCAAAUCCUAUCCGGCUGGAGUUAUUUGUUCGACAAAUUUGGCAUACAAUUGUCGUGAAAAUAUUGUUAGCAAUAACUCGGAAAUGUCAAACAGCGAAGAAGCAUAUAGCACUAGUAACAGUAAUAGUAAUAGUAGUACUAGUAAUAGCAGCAACAGCAUUGAAAGAGACGAGGCGUUGCAGAAAUUCAGCAAAAUUUUGCAAACAGUCGAUUGCGCCUUAACUCAGCAUGCGAAAUUGCUUGAGAAGAAGUCUUCCGUAAUAGCAUCGAAAGAGGAUUCUAUCAAGACAGGGAUAUCGCCAAGCAAUAAUGUCAAAUCUUCUAUCGAGGACGAUUUGCCGAAUGUUUCCAGGGUACAGAUUAGUGAAAAACCACAAGCUAAGGAGAUAAAGUCUGCGGAAAAUUCGUCUUUGGCGCAGGCUACAAUGCAGUCUUGCCGUUACAUAGAGUUACCGAAGGUCGAGUCUGUUAGAAAACUCGAAAAUAAACCUCAAACACCACCAGAACCACCGCCUCGUAAGUAUUAUACGAAACAUGCAGCGGUGACUGACUUAAAAUUAAAUGCUGCUUCAAAAAUCCCGAACAGUUUGGAAAAACCUCAAGUUCCGGAGAGACCUAAAAUAAGACGAGACUUUAACAAAGUAGAUAAUUUAAAUUUACCUGUAAAUCAUAUCAGAAGCAAUUCAGAUUGUCAAGAUAGAGAAAAUUCCUCUCCCGAUGUACUUAAUACAGAAAAUUCAGUGGAUUUUCUCGGACGAAUUAAAAGUCUAAAUGAUCAAAAGUUUACCCAAUCGGAUACUUCAUUAUAUAAUGAAAAUACACACAAACAAUCGAGGGACGAUAAAUACUCUUUUGAAAAAUACGAGCCGUUCAUCGAAAAGUUCGCUUGCUCGAGUCAAUCUAUAACAGACUGUUAUAAAUCUGGUCAUUCUCCUCGAAAUGUCGAAUGCAUUGAUGGUGCGACCCUCUCGAAACAAAUAUCCCAGGAUCUAAAAGCGAAAUCGUCGGAAAAGGAUAAAAGUUUCGAGAAGAGUGUUGUUAAUAGAGCUAUGAUGGUAGCGGCUAGAAUUGGCUUACACAGUAGUUUGAGCAAAUCCAACAGCAGUCCAAGAAGUAGCAGAAAACGGAAUCUAUUGUUGGCAAAGAGGAGAAACGUAUCCGUAAAAGAAGUUGGUAGUGGGGAUUUGGAAGGAUGGCUGGUAUAUCGAAGCAGAGGAGCAGGCGGUGCCUGGGCAAGAGCCUGGUUUGUGUUAAAGUGCUCAUCAUUGUAUAGAUUUAAAACACAGGACAGUACGAAAGCCGACUGCUUGAUCGUGUUAACGGGCUUCACUGUAUCGCCAGCUGCCGAAGUAAAAUCGAGGAAGUAUGCCUUCAAGGUAUACCAUACCGGGACGGUGUUUUAUUUUGCCGCCGAUGCCGAGGAUUCGUUGAUUCUGUGGGUGGACGCGGUCACUAAAGGCACCCUCGGUGCAGAUACCCAAAAUCAGACCAUCGGACUUUACAGUGAAACCGACGAGAGCGACAACGAAAGUCACAAGAAUAAGAUAAAAUCUUGUACCUUGGAGUCUAAAUCGAAUCUGGAGAAGAACUCGUUUGGCUCUUUGAAAAAGGUCGUACGAAAGGAUAUCGGAUCGUUUAAAGAUCAUCAUGAAAUUAGUGGAGCGAGUUUGGAUCGAAAAUAUCUAAAGUUUCUCGGUGCCAGAAAUCAAAAUAUGCCCGUUCCAACAGCACAAUUUAGAAGUUACAGAAGAGUACUUCCCACAUCAACACCAAAUAAAAAAGAAGAUUCCAAUUCAAAUUCCCCGGAUUUGCAAAUGACCAUCGCGGGUAGCACAUUUUAUGGAUUAAGCGGCUCACAAAGCGCCACUGAUAUGUCGAGUAAUCAAGACAUGGGCGAUUACCGUCGUGCCACGGACAGAUCCGUCGACAGCCGUAAUAGAAGACCGGAUGAUUUGCAAAGCUUCAACGCACUUAAAGAGUUGUUGCAACAAAAUGAGGAUCAACAGCGGUCAAGUACGAUAAAUAGAUCGUUGUCUCCGCGCGCGACACCUUUGACCGGCGAUCAUGUGCAUGUGGAUCAUAGGAAUUUGAAUAAUAACGCGGCGUACGGUGAGCAGAUCAGACAGUUGAACGAUACAUUCUUGAGCAAUGAUUGCAUUUACGGCAAGGCUAACGAUGAAAUGUCGAGAGGUAGCAUGAUGUACGCUCACUCGAGAAAUGCGAAUUUGCACGAGCAUACGAUGCGUCAAUUCAGCGAAGAUUGCGAUAAAUCUUGUAGUAGCAAGUACAUGGUCGGACAGAAAAGAAUAAAGGAUCCUGCAGGUUCCGCACAAAAGAGAAGAACGCAGGAGCUCGCGAAUGUUCAGCAAGCGAGACACGACGAAUCGAAUCAUUGGAGAAGCCCAAUGAAUAGCCCUAUAAAUAAGCAUAAUGCUCCGAGUUACAGUAGAGAUUAUGAGCAUAAUAUACAAUCUUCCAAUCACGAAAGCUACCAGACACAUGAUUGUCUUCCAUCCAGGAACAUCGAUACCUUGAUAGAGGAUUUCAAGACUCCACCGAAGCGACUCGUUAGAAAUGACGAUUAUUCUGGAUCUAGUAACGAUCUCGCGAGUCACACAUUUGAAGCACAACAACGCAUAAAUAAUGUAACGAUUAAUCGAAAAGGGAGUUUUAAUCUCACUCGUCAUAAUUCUUCCGAUAAACACUGGCUAGACUCAUUAAAACGUGGCGGUGGAGGCGACAAGAAAGUCUUGAAUUACGAUCAGAUUCGUUUAAAGACCGUUGCGCAAUAUCAACCACCACCUAUAACAACGUCACCUUUCGAACAAGAAGGCAUGAAAGCUGCGUUUGAAAUGCAUUUGGAUAAGAGUGAUCAGAUGCAGAAAGGGAAUCGUUUGAAAAAUUUAUUUGGCACCAAACAGCAGAAGCCUUGUACUUUGGAUCUUCCUAAAGACACUCAAAAACCAUAUUUAGGCUCGCCGAGAUUACAUAGAGCGCUAUUUCGGGAUAAAGGUUCUAAUCAAUCGCAGCAUCGAUUGUCCACUCGUUCCGGUAGUCAAAGUCCUGGUGAUAGUGGAAUCAGUCAAUCUCACAGUUCUUUCAGCGGCAACAGUCCCUCCCAAACGCUCAGUCAAAGUUUCAGUUCGGUCAGCUCAACCAGCGAUUGGAGUCCGGAUGUAAUAACACCACCUAACAUGUCAAAGUAUGGCAGCGGAUAUUUAUCUGGUCACAGGGGCUUUUCCAAUUCUAGCAGGAGCUCGUUGGCACCUCCAACAUUACCAUAUAUACCUCCGCCAACAUCUCCGCCACCCGAUUACCCCGGCUUAGAAUAUCCGCCGGUAUUUGAACCCGGUACUUACUCUCUUUCGGAUGCAUCGUUGCUACGCAAUCGCAAUAAAAAUAGUCAAGACACAACUCAAUAACAAGAAACGAGCCAAAUUCAUUUCUAACAACCAAAGAUAAGAGUUUCUUUCGAUCGAUCGAUUGAUAGGUGUUCUAAUACACAUAUAGAAGUAUAGUUAAAUUUAUUACAUAUCGUAUAUACUGUAAUUAAAGUUAAACUCAAUAUUCUCUGCCAUUAUUAAGUAUUUCAAAGUAACCGUCCAUUGCCUGAUUCCACAAAUGUUAACAAGCAUAUUUAUAUAGUUAUCGAAAUUGUAAAAAGUUUAUUUUUCUCCAAAGACGUGUCCUAAAGACGAAAUAUUUUGCAGAGCUAAACCGAAUGUCGCAACAUGGAGAAGACUGAACUAAAUAUUAUCUAACAUUGCCCGUUAGAUACUGUAAUGUAAAUUAACGAUUUUUAUCUAUUUCGAAGCUGUUUCAGAGAACUACUUUAUUACUAGAUUAUGAUUGUUCUUGUUAAAAAUGAAUUGUAAAAUAAUUUAUUGCGACUUCCGAAGCACUUUAUAAAUUUAUCAUGUGCGAAUUCUAUAUGUGUAUACUCAUGUUUGCUUAUACGAUUAACAACUUAUUAUGUACAUAUGUAUUACAUAUCCGUAAUUGCAAUAUCUUUAUUACUAUUGGGUAAUUUUCAUCUACCAUUUUAUCAUAUUUAAAAUAUUACGUAUAACGCAUAAUAAUUGCUUAUUUAUUAUGUGUGAAAAGUAUAUUUAUAUAUUCAUAUUUUUCCAUAAAUCUUUCAAAAUUGAUAAAGGAUACAUUUGCAUUAAGUUAUUGCAAAUAAAAUGGUCGAAUUAUUAGUAAAAUUUUCAAUAUAACUAUAGUUUUUUGUUAAAAAUAAUAUUUAUUUUAAU